UACAGUAUAGGCCCAAUAGCUGACUCUGAACCCGAUCCCUAAGCCACAAAGUCAUGGAUCUGGAAAAUACCAAUACAAGCGCUAAAUUAAAGGCGUCAGCAACUGGAAACGGCAUUAAUGGAUCUGGAUCACAAAAUCAGCAGCUGUCGUUACAUGACGGUGCAACCGCUACAGCAGCAGCUGGGGCUAGAGCAACAUCGUCCCAAUACCAAGAUGAUAAAAAUAUGACGGCACUUGGUGUGACGACAGAUAUACCAACACUUGCGACGGGACUUGCGACGGCAGUCCUAGACCUUCCUCCACCUUCUGCUACUCUCUCAGAACAAGAAAACGUGGUUAUCUCUGAAGCAGCAAAACUUCCACCAGAAGGAGAAUCCACGGUUAUACCUUCAACACAAGAAUCGAUUGUGUCGAUUGAAACAGAAACAUAUACAUCAGGAUGCCCUUCUGUGUCAACUUCUGCCUGUCCAGUAUCAGUUUCAAUAGGGCCCAGUGCAAGUGAUUUCGACUCCGAUACGGAACUCUCGAUAGUAGCUGCUGCGGCUGCGGCAGCCGUAGCUUCAACGGAGAUAGAUUUGAAGUCACCAUCCUCAUCUACAACAGUAUCUACACUGGCUUCUGGUGCAGUGCCUUUAGCAAGUACUCAAAUCGGAUCAGGAUUAGGAGCGGGUGCUGUCAACACAAAUGGAUACAAUGCCAAUAAUAACACAUCCAGCAGUGCUCAUCUUAGUCUUAACGCAAAACAACAGCGUCAACAAAAGCGACGCCGUGAGCGUGCCCAGCGUCUGCAAGCGGAACGCGAUAGUCGGUGUAGCUCAAGUACCUUAAAUGGCACAUAUAUUGCUGGAUCUAUGGGAAUCAGUGGAUGCAGUGCUGGUAGUGUCAAUGUAGCUGUUGCAGGCGUUGUAGGUCAAGGAAUCGGAGCCAUAGCUACUGGUGCCUCAUCAACUGUUCUGAUAGGUAGUGGACCGGGAGGACCAGGCAAUGGCAUGAUAUACCACAUAAAUAGCGCGGGCAGCAUGGGCGAGGACAGUAAUAAUUCCAACGGAAAUUUUACCAGCAGUAGUAAUGGCAGUAACAACCUUCUGCCUCCUACAGAUAGUAUUGCAUCAUUAUUGUUAAAUCCGCCACAUUCCCCCGAGUGCAAUUCCGGAUUAAUGGCCACGCCUAGUGACAGCGAAGGCGAAUCCCUCGAUGAAGAUCUUCUUUCAACGUCAUCAUCAUCAACGCUGUUGCUUCCACGUGACAAGCCACCCCCUCGUCCUCCGCCCCCUGUUCGUAGAAAAUUACCUCGCUCUCCAGUGCUUGAAGAGGAAAUCAUCGAUGGUUUUGCCAUAUUGGAGUUUAAAACAUAUGAAGAUCUCGAGUUCGCUAUUAAAUUGGGUCAAAAACGAAAGGAGAAGCGCCUAUCCGCACUCGAAGAGCUAACGUCAACCUACUGCAUUGAGGAAAUGAAAAUUCCAAAGAUCAUCGAUACUGGUCAACCACAUCCACUGCGUGCUAAUAGCUUAUCCACGCUGUCUGUUAAUAACAGCAAUCAAAAGGAGAACACUCAGGUUCAUCAUCGCAAUGCUGGCGUUGUCGUUAUUAACAACAAUUGUACCACAUCUAACAGCAAUAUUAACAGCAGUUGUAGUGCGGUAUACAUGUUGCCUUCAGCAAGCACAGUUCCCGAUACGCAAGCGGAAUGUGUAGCACAUUGGCGCUCUGAAUACGGACAACAGCAAGACCAAAUGCAAUGCGCCAAUAGUGUCAAUGUUAAAAGUAACAUCAGCAAUGAGAAUCAAAUUAGUAAUAGUUGUAGUCAACAAGUGAAUCCCGCCAAGCUAUCAGGCAAACAAUCGGAUGACGUUGGUACAGUAGCUAGCCUUAUUAACAGUACAACUAAUUUUCUAGAGAACGGUAACGAAGCGCUCAUUUUGGAUAUCAGCCGCACAACGGUAACCGUUGGAGUUGGGGAAAAUAGAAAAGAUUGCAUGAAGUUGAGCACGAUUAGCGAAAGCUCUAAGAUCGACGCCAAUAAAUCUCACAAUCUCCCUGCUAGCAUUAAUAAAACUGUUGAGUUACCUUGUAAUGUUGUAACAUCAGUCGAUAACCACAACAACAGCAUGGAAUAUAUUGGAAAAAAAGGCAUAAAAUCAAAUGAUGCUUCUGCAGUAGCAACAGCCACCAAUAAUCACAAGGGUGUGUGUAAAAUAUCAUCGCAGCCGACGCAAGCUAUAGAAAAAUCAAACCAAUCCAAGGAUUUAGAAGUCCCCACAUCGGCAACCUGCCAAAAGUUGAAUAUUCAAGAUUUAACUAACGGUACAGCGCAGGACGUUCCCACUAAUAAUAAUAAAAAGGACAACGAAGAAAAUAAUAUUUUUAUUGAAGCUCCAAGAUGCAGUAGUAAGGGAGAUAAUAACUGUGAUAAUGGCUGCGGAGAGAAUAAGAAUUCUGCAAGCUUAGUGGGUAUAGAUUACCACUCGGCGGAAAUGCAUGGUUCGCAUGCUUCACCGAAUCAAGAUCGCAAAGGUCAUAGUAAGCCUUCGGAUCUUUCGCUCUUACAAAUAAUUGGACCGGCCGUGCCUUCAACACCGACAUUAAUCCCUGGGUUCUUAGGGGGGUCAGACAGUGAUGCACGUGGUAUUACCAAGGAAAAUACGAUCGCAAGUUCACAACAAGUUGUUGCUGUGAUUACCGGUGCUUCCGUGUCUACAUCUGCAGUCGUUCUUACCGACAGCGGAAGUAAGGAAUGUAAUGCAAUACACAAAUGUGUUCAAGAAAAUCCGCUGUAUCCCAUUUUGUGCGUUGCUUCAUCUACCUCUCGACCCCAACAUCCCAAUUCUGGAAUAUCUGCUAGAAAUGACACCAGUGUGACUGCUUCAACUAAUAAUGAUCAAUCCAUUAUUUUUGCUACAAAGAUUUCUGCACCAAACGGACUACCAUCAGCGGGCCAACGGCCACUUGUUCCAUUAUUACCUUGUGGUCAAAAAACUCCUGGUAGUUUAGGACUUGGCUGUCAAUUUAGUGCGCGCAUCUCAACUUCAAGUUCUGGAUUACCAAUUUCGUCGCCGUCAUCGGGUGUAGUGCUAGCAAACAACCUGAAAUCAAACGAUACCGUUACAAGAAGUAUAAGUCAUAAUAAUGUUACAGCCAGUGGCACUGGAUUGUUCUCAUCUUCGAUAUCAACAUCUUCCGUAGAAACACUAAAAAUCACCAAUAGUUCAACAUCUACAUCGAGCAAUCCAGUUAUCAAUGGUUUUCUUGGUGAUUUUCCGACGAUUAGUAGUACAGCAAAAACCCCAAUUAGUACACAGCCACGCGUUUCUCCUCAUGCUACAACUAAACUGAUGUCGGCAGUUUCUACAACAAUAUCGAUCAGCAAUAGCACAGUUGGAAAUUCUAGUUCGGUUUGUAGUAGUGGAGCUUCAAGUGCUUCUGGGUUGGGCAAAAUAGUCUUUGGAGUAGGGGCAGGUGCACUUGGGACUACGGGGCCGCCAUUACUUUUUCCCGGAGUCCCACCCCCUCCAAUGUCUCAUGUGGCUACGGGCUUGCCUAUGCUUAUUCAGGCACCCCCAUACCGUACACCUUAUCCUAAUUACUCUUUGUACACACCAUACAGCAACAUAACGCACGGACCGUACCUGCCGCCAACAUUGCCGACUGCAUCGCCCAACACAUCAUCCUCUCCGCUUCGUAUCUCAGAUGCACGUAGCAGUCGAGAUUCACCAAUAGUCCCGGCAUCUUUGAAAGCUGCAUCUUUAAGUUUCACAGUGCAACAGAGUGUCUCAUCGACACCGGCGAUGCGACCUAUCACUCCACUCAAUAACAUCAGCGUUUCACAACCCGUUUCACAGUCGGCUGCAGCGACAACAAGUUUCCUUUCGGCAAACUCCACUGCUGCUCAUUCGCUAAGCCAUUUGCAUGUAUCACAUUCCCAUCAUGUGCCUGUAUAUGCCAGUGGUGGCUUUGGCAAUGCAACUACUGGGCCAAAUACCACAACUUCGGUACCGUCUACUCCCGCCGUAACUUCGCUUGCAGCUACUACGCCACAAGCACAUCCCCCUCCAUCUACCCAAAUGCUUCCACAGUCUGGGCAGUUUCCAUCUGUGUCUCAUUUGCUACCUACGCAUCCACAGUUAGCGGCACCAAUGCAAUCACAACAUCAACAGUUUGUGCGUUGCGGAGGUACACCUUACACAUCAACUGUUCCUGCCUCCAACUUAAGCGCUACAGUUCUCACCGUCCAAAGUUUAACGACAGCAACAACGUCGUGCUCAUCAUCUGUAUCUGCGUCAUCAUCGUCAUCUGUGAUCCAAAAAAUAGUUUCACCCAAGGGUGAAAGUCCCUGCAGCAAAGAUCGAGAUCCCGUAUACAGUACUACAAAUCCGCGAUCGAAUGCCACAUCAUCAACUGGCCUUUCACAGGGUGUAAACAUAAGUACACCAUUUUGUGCCAUCGCGCCGAGUCCAUACGCUGGUAUAACCAUUUCAUCAUCAAAUUCAUCAAUAACAGGACCAGGGACGGGUCUACCAGCCUAUUCUCCAAAGACUGGGUUGUGGUUAAACUCUACCUCUUCCGCUUUGGUAUCAACACCCAUCUCAUCCACAUCUGUUAUAUUUAGUGGUAGCGCCCGUCCAACUCCCCCGCCAUUAAAUAUAGGAGCAGGAAUGGGUAUGGUGGGGACAGUGGCUCCGACGACAAGAAUCCCAUCCAAUUCAAUAUCACCACGUGAUAUGUCCUCUGCUGGUGUCAGUGGUCAUGUGACAGCCACAAACUUUCAGCCUACUUCGUACUUCCCCGCACAUUUAGCACAACCAACGUCUUCUCCAGCAGCUCCAACCUCUGCUAUUAACAGCUCAAUUCCGCAAAUGUCAUUAGUGUCACACACAUUGACCACUAUUUCAACAACGGCAGCAGUUUCUGCUACCACGUCAUCGUCCAACAUACAAGGUAUAACUCAACCUACGGGCGCAAAUACAAUUACACCCACACCGCAUCCGUUUUCUGCAGAAUCUCUUUUUCAGCCAAGUAAAAAUGAUCAAGCGGAUUUGCUACGUCGCGAGCUAGACAGCAGGUUUUUGGAUCGUUCUGGCUUGUCUGUCCCUCCUACACCACCAUCGUCAACAUAUCUACGACAAGAGCUUCACCAUCAUCAGCACCAGCAUACUCACUUGCACCAGCAUCAGCAGUUGUUGCCCACUGCAUCCGUAUCAGCAACAGCAACGUCCUUGCAUACAGGCCCAACAACUUCAGCACAAAUUUUUCCGCCGCCAUUAUUUAAAGACAUUCCCAAACUCACGACUGUUGAUCCUCAGUUUUAUCGUGCUGGUAUUGGAUUACCUCCUGGCGGCUAUACGGGUUACAGUUCGGCAGGUCUUUUACAUACUGGUUUGGGGGGAACAACACCGUUCAUGCCCCCGAACCAUUUGACCGCUUUUGCUCCCAAGAAAACUGGUCGUUGGAAUGCCAUGCAUGUUCGUAUUGCGUGGGAAAUUUAUUACCACCAAAACAAGCAAUGUUCUGAUAAGACAGGAUGUCCUACAGGCGGAAAUGGUGCAAAUGGAAAUUUGACCUCCAACAAUACGCCAAUCACCGCAAGUAACCUGGUAACCGGAGCCGGUGGAAGUAGCAUUGUUAGCACUGCCAGCACAAUUAAUAAUGUUGGUUCUUCCUCGGCUAUUGGAGGCGGUAUCGUUAGUGCAAGUGGGCCAACACCGUCAAUUGGUAUUAAAUCAUCAACAGCUAUUGCAAUGAAUACAACACAACAGCAUCUUCUUCAAAGGACGAAUGAACUUCCACCACCUGCAGCGUUUGCAAAUGCAUUACCAGGACGUUCUUCAUUUGAAACGUCUCCUUUGGCGGCGAGUUUUAUUGGAGCACCGCCUAGUCAUAUCGGUACGGCUGUUUCUCCUUUUGGACGCUAUGUAGCUCCAUUUGGGUUCACGGGUAUGACGCAUUUCGGCGGACAUAUAGACGCAUGGAGAUCAAAUGCUAUACAACGCAGUGUUGCAUAUCAUUCAUCACCCACUUCUGCGCCUAGUUGGCCUAUAAAGUCUGAUUCAGCUCUGGACAAUGCACGACGUGAAGCAGAGGAACGCGAGCGGGAGUCACGAGAACGUGAACAGCGAGAGCGUGACCGACAGCGUCGCGAGCGCGAAGAGCGAGAACGCAAAGAAAAAGAAGACAAACUAAAACGGGAGCAACAAGAAAGAGAGAGAGAACGAGAACGCGAGCGUGAUAGAAAAGAGCGGGAGCGCAGGGAAAUGGAGCGCCGAGAAAUGGAACGGGAGCGAAUGUUGCAGCAGCAGCGAAUUAAUGAGAGUAAUAAGCAAGUUGCAGCGGCACAAGCUGCAGCUGCCGUGCCAGCCCCUACACGAGAUCGCUCUCCACAUCGAAGUGUGGGAGAAUUCACCUCGGAGAUACGUAUCAAAGAAGAACAUACGCGCACAAAAGAAGAACAGGAUAUUAUGCUAAUGCGUGCAUCGGCAGCUGCCGCCGUUGUUGGAGAUCCACGCUACCAUCCGAACUCGUUGGCAGCAGUACAGGCAAAUGCAGCUGCUGCAGCCGUGCAUCACCAUCAUGCUAACUUCAUAGUGGCUGGGCGACAUGGGUUACCACCGCCAUCAUCGCAUCUUUCUCGAACUAUGAUGCCAUCCAACUUAAGUGUCGGUGGUCCAAUUAGUCAUUUUGCUACUCCGGGUCCUCCAGGCUGGGGCAUAGAUCCGUACCGCGAUCCGUAUCCUAUUCUGCGCUAUAAUCCCAUAAUGGAAGCAGCAUUUCGGCAUGAAGCAGAGGAACGUCAAAAAGCAAUGAAUAUAUAUGCUGCGCAAUCUGCUGCUCAUUUGCGAGGUAAGGAGCCGAGUCCCAUUCCACCUCCUUCAGCAGGGGCUUUGGGCCCUCCGUCGUCACAUCACCGAUUACAAACGUCAUCUUUAGCCACCAGUGUCGGUCAACCGGAUUCACAACCACCACUGCAAAGCUUACAACAUACAUCACUGUCGCAGCUGUCUACAGGUAUAGUGGUCGGAAAGAGCCCCGCACCAUCAACACCAAUAGUCAUUCCUGUCCAACAUAUGAUUUCGGUCGAUUCAUUGAGCCACGCCACCGUGAAUACAAAAAAAGAAUCAGAUCACACUAUGGGCAUAGUGGUAAGUGCCGCGGGGGUUGGUCUUAGUACAGUACCAGGCGGUCUCACGGGAAUAUCUCCAACAUACCAACACAAAACUUAGGAAAAAGGCGAUGUUAUAAUAGUUUCGGGAACUUUAACCCCUCUUUGAACAUUCACAAGACCAGCUCCUUUCUUUUACCUAGAGUUAUUUCAGCCUAAUCAUUUAAAAAUAAAAUAAAUCGCAACGCGUUUGUAAAGUAAUCAAAAAGAAGAGUGACACACAAAGUAUUGUGUUUUUUUAUUAUUAUUUUAUAUUAAUUGAAAGCACAUAAUAAGCUGUUUUGUCCAAGAGUUAAUUAAAUUAAAAGGCAUAAGAAAGUGAGGACUUCCAAUUUCUUUAAACCCACACACUGACCCUCAUAUUACGAAACUUGGUGGGUCCAACAUAAAUCUGGUCGCUUUGUUAAACAGCACUUAAUACGAACUUUACUCAUUUACAUAUUACUGAAAACUAGUUUAAACUAAAUAUUUACGUUCGAAAAUUUAGUUUUAGUGCAUUUAUAUUAUUUUUAUAAUGUGACAUUAAGAAUGGCCAAAAGAAAUGUUGAAAAUAUCUUUUAAUUUGAUUGUACAUAUAUAGAAAAACGAUAAAAGAAAUGAUAUACUAAAUGUAUUUCCGCAGAAUGAAACUGAUACAAUCCAAACUAUAAAUUACAUGAUAUACAUAUGUAAGUAUGUAUGUAUAACUGUGACAGCUUCGAUCCCUUCUUGCAUUGUGUUUAAGGACAUUAGCACAUCUGCAAUAAAUGUAAAAAUGAAAAAAUCAAUAAUAGAAUCAUUGGUAACAAAUAAUAUAAAGUUUUUCACUCGCCCAUUGUGUUCCUGUUUGUUGUGGGUAUUAUACAAACAUUUUUUGUAACUCCAAAGAUAACACGGAAUUUAUUAAUUUUAAAGACAAAACGCUUGUGGGAGCACUUAAGACAUUUGUAAAUCGACACGAACAAAUAUAUAUUGUAUUUUGGUUUGUAAGUAAAGGCCUUUAAAUAUAUUCAGAUAAUCCAUAAAACUA